AUGGCAGCGUGGAAACAGCUGCUCUGGGUCUUGUUGCUCUGCCUGUCACAACAUUUAACACAGAUCGAGGCGUGGCGGCCAUGUCCGGAGCUCAGUCCCGCCUUGAGACUGCCAUGCAGGUGCAAUGUGGUGCCGUUUGCCUCGACCGGCCAACUCGGCGCUGUGGCCAUGGACUGCGAUCGCGUUGUGUUCCAUGGCGAUGCGCCUCAGCUGCCAUACGGAGCGCCCAUUGUGGCCUACACGCAGCGCCAUAGUGGGCAGCAGGUGCUGCCAGCACAAACAUUCGGCCAGCUUAAAUUGCCCAUUGAGGAGCUGGACUUGUCCAACAAUCUGAUACGUCGCAUACCCGAACGCGCAUUCGAUGGACUCAAGGACGCGCUGACGGAGCUGCGAUUGGCCAACAACCUGCUGGGCGAUAAUCUCAAUCCGAUUUUCUCGACGGCCGAACUACAUGCCCUUAAGAAUCUGCGCCUCUUGGAUCUGUCUGGCAACAAGAUCAAGCUGAUCGAGGAGGGUGUCCUGAAGGGCUGUGUCGAUCUGAAGGAGUUCUUUGUCGAUCGCAAUAGCCUGGCAGCUGUGCCAUCGAACUCCUUGAAUGGACCCAGCGCCUUGAGGCAUUUGUCGCUGCGCCACAACCAUAUAGCUUCGCUGUAUCAGGACUCGUUUAUAUCACAGCCUCAGCUGGAAAUCAUUGAUCUGCGCUACAACGCCAUCAAGAGUAUAGACAGUCAGGCGUUUAAGGGCUUGCACAAGAUACGCGAAAUCAAGCUAGGCGGUAAUCGCAUUACCAAUCUCAACAGCGACAUCUUCGAGCAGCUCCCCACGCUACAACGGCUCGAUUUGUCCGAGAAUUUCAUCACACAAUUCCCGACGGUAUCACUGGCAUCCAUAGUGGCACUUAAAUCCCUCAACUUGUCCUCGAACAUGCUGCAGCAACUGGACUUUUCACAUCUGCAAGUGGUGAAGACCCUGGAGAGCUUGGAUUUGAGUCGCAACAGUAUUACAACCAUACCGCCGGGCACCUUCAGAGAGCUGGGCGCACUUAAAUACCUGGAUCUCAGUCUCAAUUCGCUGCGCACCAUCGAAGAUGACGCCAUGGAGGGACUGGACAGCUUGCAGACCUUAAUAAUCAGGGACAACAAUAUUCUGCUGGUGCCUGGUAGUGCUCUGGGUCGUCUGCCUCAGCUGACGUCAUUGCACCUGGACUUUAAUCGCGUAGCCGCACUGUCUGCCGAGAUUCUCGGGUCACUGCAGGCCGGCGAUAUAACCACGCUUUCCCUCUCGCGGAAUGUCAUCCGCGAGCUACCGCCGGGCAGUUUCCAAAUGUUCAGUAGCUUGCACACCCUUGACUUGGCCGGUAACUCGCUGGCCCAGGUGAACGCCGACACUUUCGCGGGCCUGGAAGGCACGUUGAUGGAGCUAAGACUGUCGCAAAAUCGUCUAACCAGCCUGGGAAAUGCGCCGCUACCCCUGGAGGAGCUGCGCAGCUUGGACCUCAGCGGCAACAGUUUGGCAGAGCUGCCGCGUAAUAUUUUGCAGGAAUUAGGCAACUUGCAGUACCUAAACCUGAGCGGCAAUCAUCAUCUGGCACCGUUUUCCGGCUCCCUCUUUCGACCACUCGGUCGCCUGCAGAUCAUCGAUCUGAGCCACUGCAGCAUUCGACAGCUUAGCGGAGACCUGUUGGCCGGUCUGGAUCUCAAGGAAAUUCAUCUCAACGACAACGAAUUGGAAGAGCUUAAAGAUGGUAGCUUUGUGGAUUUGGCUAAUAUUAGCUUCAUCGAUUUGUCCAAUAAUCGCUUAGCAUCAAUACGAUCCAGUGCCUUUGUGAAUGUCAUGCAGCUGAAGCGUCUCGAUCUGCACGGUAAUCAGUUGUCUGCCUUCAAGGGGGAGUACUUCAAUACUGGCACUGGCAUUGAGGAGCUAGACAUAUCCAAUAAUCAGCUGAGCUAUUUGUUUCCCUCCUCCUUCCGCAUCCAUCCGCGUCUGCGAGAGAUAAAGGCUGCUCACAACAAGUUCUCCUACUUCCCGGCUGAGCUCAUCUCCUCGUUGCAGUACUUGGAAUACAUAGACUUGUCCGACAAUCAACUGAAGACCAUUGAAGAAUUGGACUUUGCUCGCUUGCCGCGACUGCGCGUCUUGCGACUCGCUCAAAACGAAUUGGACAUGGUCAGCGAGAUGGCUUUCCAUAAUUCCACACAACUACAAGUUCUGGACUUAGCGCAUAAUAGACUGGAUCGCCUGGGAGAACGAACCUUCGAAGGUCUAGUGCGUCUGGAGGAGCUGAAUUUGGAGGGCAAUCGAUUGUAUGAGCUAUCCGAUGGCAUCUUCGAGCGUGCUAAGCUACAAAUGCUGGAGAACAUCAAUCUGGCGCACAACAAGUUCGAGUACGCCCCAUUGAACGCACUCAAACGUCAAUAUUUCUUUGUCUCUUCGGUGGAUCUAAGUCACAACAAGAUCAAAGAUAUACCUGCUGAUGACAGCAUUAUGGUUAACAUCAAACACAUUGAUCUUUCCUACAAUCCCCUCUCAUCCAAAGCUGUGCACAAUAUUCUGAAUGAGCCAAAAACCGUGCGGGAGUUGAAUCUGGCAGGCACAGGAAUAGAGGAGCUUGGCACUCUGGAGACACCGUUCUUGCAAUACUUGAAUCUCUCACAUAAUAAGUUGCACAAUAUCAAGGCCGAUGUCUUCCAGCGUGCCACACUGCUUGAGACCCUGGACUUGUCUAACAAUGAACUGGGAAACCUUCAUGACCUUUCGCUAGCCUGGCCGCAGCUGCAGGUCCUGCAAACUCUGGAUGUGUCGAACAACAGUUUCGAAAUGAUUUCACAGCAAAACUUUGCGCACCUCCAGAUGUUGCGCAGACUCAAAUUGAAUCACCUGCCACUGUGCACCCGCAUCGAAAAGAAUGCUUUCAAACAGCUACCAAAUUUGGCCAGUCUGGAGGCCUACGAUCUCCCGCUGCUGGGCUAUCUGGAUCUGCAGGGAAUAUUGGAGCUACUUCCGGGACUGGAGACCCUCGAUAUAGAGGUUAAGGAUGCCAGCAUUGGUAUGGAACAAAUACAACCAUUAAAGCAUCCGCGUCUCAGGUCCAUUGGCAUACGUGGAGAGCGACUGAAAUCUAUUUCAUCGGGCACAUUGGCCGGUCUUAAGAGCAGCGACCUGACUAUUAAAUUGCAGAACACUUCGCUCUCAGCACUGCCCCCAGCCCUUCUAUUCCCAGUUCCACGCUCUUCGCAACUCACCCUAGACGUUCAGGGCUCUCAGAUCACGGUGCUGGUACCGCAGUUCCUGAAUGCACUUGAAGACCGUCGGUCAAGCCUGCACAUGCGGGGCCUGACCAGUAAUCCUAUCGUGUGCGAUUGCAACGCACGGGCCCUUCGUCGCUGGUUACCUAUCUCUGGAAUGUCUGAGGUCAGUUGUCAUGCGCCCGCCUAUCUGGCCGGCAGGAGACUCAUCGAGGUGGGGGACGACGAACUUACAUGUGAUCCACGUCGCAUGAGCUCUUCCACCGCCCGCCCGACUAUGCCACAUUUGCUGAAAUCCUCCAGCCAGCUGAUCACACGCACCACAGCCUUAACCACAGAAGAGCCAGUCAUCAUUUGGAGCCUAGAGCCCACACAACCAGCUCUAAAGAAAAUCAAACCCAAGGCACCGCUACUGAAGGCUCAAGCACCAAUAAUGAGCAAUGACGAUACUCUGAUCAUCGGCAUUGUGGGCGGAGUUGUAGCCUUCAUAGCCAUACUUAUCAUCAUCAUUUGCAUCAUUCGACUGCGCAUGAGCAAUGCGGAAUACCAGCACAGUGCGCCUAUGAUUGGCAUUCCCCCAUUGCCGUUAGGAGCCCACAAUGCGUACAGCUAUAAAAAUGGCGCAGCAACUCCCGCUGCAGCCCUCUACGCGGUACCCCCCUAUCAGCCGAGCUAUGCAACAUUGCCGCACAAAGCAGCCUCCAUACACCAGUCCAACCAGAACCUAGCGCAGCGUCAGCAGGCGGCGCAGCAAGCGGCUGCCGCCUACUCGACCAUGUCGCGCAUGUCAUACUUCAGUGGUGCGGGCGGUGGUGAUGGCGCCGAGAGCUUAACGCCACACAAUGCGGCCCAGCAUCAGCCCUAUAUAAUCUACUCUGACGACAAGGCCUACAGAUAGGCGAGCUUGUAGGCCAAUACAGCUCUAGUUUAUUGCUCACACAAACAACCUCUUCCCCUUACCCACUCUCGAGUCAAUGCCUAGUGGCUUAUGCUCGCAUCGAAGCCACUGGGGUUUAC